AAGAGAAGUGCUUGUAAAUCCUUCCAUCUCAAUCACCUCCUUGAGAUUAACAGUUAACCUGACUGCUGCCUCUCAGGGGUUUUCAUGUCAGUGUCAAACAGAACAAAGUGCAAAGGGACAGAGCGGUGAACACACUCAUAGGGGAGGAGGACACCAACUAUCUCGGAGAGGAUACCCUUGUUGCCUUUUUGAGUCAUUUAGGAGACCCCUUCUGAAAUUGGUCAGGGUUUGUGCAGGUAGAGGGUUCAUAUCUGGAAAAGAUUAUGAUUGGAACUAUGGAGUUGUACGCCAAGGGUGCCAGUGUGUGGGUACCUGACCCAGAGGCCGUGUGGGUAUCAGCCAAGCUACUCAAGGACUACAACCUUGGAGAUGAGAAUGUGGUGCUGCAGAUCAGCGAUGGCAGGGAGGUGCAGUACCCAGUUGCGUCACCCUCAGGCCUCCCCCCUCUGGCGAACCCUGAUAUUCUGGAGGGAGAGAAUGACCUCACUGCUCUCAGCUUCCUGCACGAGCCUGCUGUUCUACACAACCUGAGAGUCCGAUUCCUGGACUACAGCAGCAUCUACACCUACUGUGGGAUUGUGUUGGUGGCCCUCAACCCAUAUGACCAGCUGCCCAUCUAUGGAGAGGAAGUGAUCGAUGCCUACAGUGGGCAGGACAUGGCUGACAUGGAGCCUCACAUCUUCUCUGUGGCAGAAGAGGCCUACCGCACCAUGACCAGGGAGGAGAAGAACCAGUCCAUUAUAAUCAGUGGGGAAUCUGGAGCAGGGAAAACAGUCUCUGCUAAGUUCACCAUGCGCUACUUUGCUGUGGUGGGGGGAGCAGCCCAGCAGACCAGUGUGGAGGAGAGAGUACUGGCCUCCAACCCUAUCAUGGAGUCCAUUGGGAAUGCUAAGACUACACGCAAUGACAACAGUAGCCGGUUUGGGAAGUACAUUGAGAUCGGCUUCGGACGGAAGGGGGACAUCAUUGGGGCCAACAUGAGGACGUACCUGCUGGAGAAGUCUCGAGUCGUCUUCCAGGCGUCACAGGAGAGAAACUACCACAUCUUCUACCAGCUGUGUGCUUCUAGAGACCUGCCAGAGUUGAGAGUCCUCAAACUGGGUGGUGCGGAAACGUUCCGCUACACGAACCAAGGAGGGGAAGAUUCCAUGCAGAUCCCAGGCACUGAUGAUGUUGUAGAUCUGGAGCGCACUCGCAAUGCUUUCACCAUUCUAGGUGUGCCUCCGGACCAGCAGAUGGAGCUCUUCAGGAUCCUUGCAGCUGUUCUGCACCUGGGCAAUGUCAACAUCCAGGCCAGUGGGAGAGGUGGUGAUCGAAGUUACAUUGAUGGGGAGGAGCGUUCCCUGUCGGUGUUCUCCAAGCUGCUGGGGGUGGAGAGGACCCAGAUGGCCCACUGGCUGUGCCACCGCAGGCUGACAGUAGGGGGAGAGAUGCUGGUCAAGCCCAUGCCUGGUCAGCAGUCCCUAGAAGCCCGGGAUGCCCUGGCCAAGCAUGUGUACGGUCAGCUGUUCACCUGGACAGUGACCCGGCUCAACUCAGCCCUCCGAGCCCAGAGCGAGAAGCCCAAGUCAUUUAUUGGGGUGCUGGACAUCUAUGGGUUUGAGACAUUUGAAAGGAACAGUUUUGAACAGUUCUGUAUAAAUUACGCCAAUGAGAAAUUGCAGCAGCAAUUCAACAGGCACGUGUUCCAGUUGGAGCAGGAGGAGUAUGUCCGUGAGGAGCUGCCGUGGAGCAGGAUAGAGUUCAGUGAUAACCAGCCGUGCAUCGCUCUCAUCGAGGGACAGCUGGGCCUGCUCGACCUGCUGGAUGAGGAGUGCAGGAUGCCCAAAGGUUCAGAGGAGAGCUGGGCUAGGAAGCUGUAUGAUCAGCAUCAGAGUAACAACCCCAGUCCACACUUCCGCAAACCUCGAAUGUCCAACACUGCCUUCAUCAUCAUGCACUUUGCUGACAUGGUCCAAUAUGAAUGUGAUGGGUUUUUAGACAAGAACCGGGAUACAGUUUUUGAGGAACCCAUCAACAUCCUAAGAGCCAGUCAGUCUGAGCUGGUGUCUGAGCUGUUCCAGCAGAAGCCAGUAGGGGGCAGUCUGUCCCUCUCAGAGGGGAAGUCCACUUUGUCCAAUGGCAGUCUGCGCUCUGGCCCUGGGAUGAGAGCUCAGCGGGAACACAAACUCACUGUGGGCUUCCAGUUCCGUCAGUCUCUGCAGCUGCUGAUGGACACUCUGAACAGCACCACCCCCCACUACAUCCGCUGUAUUAAGCCCAAUGACCUCAAAGAGCCUUUUAUGUUUGACCCUAAAAGGGCCGUCCAGCAGCUGCGAGCCUGUGGGGUGCUAGAGACCAUACGCAUCAGUGCUGCAGGCUACCCAUCCAGGUGGACUUAUGCAGAGUUCUUCAGCCGGUACCGGGUGCUGCUGCGUGGGGGCGGGGUUCAGACUCAGGAACAGAUCCAGGCGUCGUGCCAGAGGGCCCUGCCGGAGCUCAUUCCAGACCCGGAGCAGUAUUGCUUUGGGAAGACCAAGGUGUUCUUCCGUGCUGGGCAGGUGGCUCUGCUGGAGAGGCUGAGGGCAGAGAGACUGAGGGCGGCCGGGGUGGUCAUCCAGAGCUGGGUCAGAGGCUGGCUGGGCCGCAGGCGAUACAUCAAGACACGCUGGGCAACACUCACCAUCCAGAGAUACACAAGAGGAGCCCUGGCAAGGCGGCUGGCAGACCUUCUGCGCUACACCAAGGCAGCGCUGAUCAUCCAGAAGACAUACCGUAUGGUGGCGAUAAGACAGAUGUUUCUGAUGAUUCGCGAGGCCACCGUCACCAUCCAGGCUUUCACCAGGGGCUCGCUGGCACGACGCCAAUACAGACGGGUGGUGGCAGAGCGGGCUGCGGUGUUGCUCCAGUCUGCAGUGCGUGGCUGGCUGGCCCGCCUUGCUUACAGGAGGGUGAGGGCCGCCAUAGUGUUGAUGCAGUGUUGUGUGAGGCGGCGGGCUGCCAGGAGGGAGCUGCUGAAGCUGAAGGCAGAGGCUCGCUCGGUGGAGAAGUUCAGAGAACUCAACAAGGGCAUGGAGGUCAAACUGAUGCAGCUGCAGCUCAGGGCUGACCAGAAGGCCAGGGAGAGCGAUGCUCUGAGAGAGACCCUCCAGGCGGAGCGUAAGGCCCACAACACUGAGCUGGACACCCUGCGGGGGGCGCUAGUUAAGCUGGAGUACCAGUUAGAGACCCAGCUCCAGACUCAGCAGUCUCAGCCCAGCACCACCAUCACAGAGGAGGAGGAGAGGAGGAGGGCAGAGGAGAAAGCAGCCCAGGAGAUCCUACGACUCACACAGGAGGUGCAGGCCCUGCAGGUUGAGAGGGACUGUUUGGGGAAAGAGAAGGAGGAUCUGACCACUCGAUUACUGGAGCAGGAGACAGCUCAGGAGGAGAAUGUAGUACAGGCUGUGGCCCAGGAAGGUACAGCUCUGACAGCAGAGCUGGAUGAGGAGAGGAGGAAGUACCAGGGUCUGCUCAGAGAGUUCACCAGGCUGGAGCAGAGAUACGAAAACCUACGGGAAAUGAGCAUGCUCACUGAGCACUCUAAGGGCUACAGACGGACAGAUUCAAACCAAAGCCUGAUCAUGGAGCCCCCAUCUCCUUCCCCGAUGUCGCCGCCCUUUUCCGGGCCCCCUACCUUCCCAGCCACACCUUCCUUCUUCGGCCUCCCUCCCUUCCCCUCUCCGGAGGAGGUGAGGAGGGUUAGUGUGACGUCCCCCACCGCAGAGAGGAGGGCCUGGCUUAGCUCUGACACACUCAUGGACACUUUGAUGGAGAAUAUGGGUGUGGCUAAAGACUCAGCCGGGAAGAUGACCGGAGAAGACCUAUGGCACGCCUAUGAUGCUGUACGAGUGGCCAACAAGUUCCUGGAGAACCAGCUGCGUAGCCAGCGCUCUCAGGAGGAGGCGGAGCUGGAGGCUCUGCGGCUGCAGGCUAAACGGACGUGCUCUGAUCCCUCCCCCUCUGCAGACCAGCAGUACCUGGUGGGACUGGUGGAAGCCAGGGAGCAGGAGGUCUGCAGACUGAGGAGAGAACUGAAGGAGCUGAGACACACAGUCACACUCAGAAGACUACUGGCACAGACAGGCCCAGUGCUUUCCCAGUCCACAGAGGAUUCCUCUGCCCCCCAUGCCAAAGCUGGGACUGUCACAGGGCUGCUGGAGUGUAGGAAGAGGGAUGAGGCCAAGCUCAUGAAGACUCUCAUCACAGACGUGAGGGUGGACAGUGCCCUCUCCCUGCCACCUGGCCUGGCCGCUAGUGUGCUGUUCCUGUGUGUACGCCAGGCAGACUGUAGCGGAGACGAAAUCCGCGCCCGCUCUCUCUGCACUGCUGCUGUCACUGCCAUGAAGGGGGCUCUGAAAAAACACUGUAAUGAUGUGGACAUGACAGCACUGUGGCUGAAAAAUGCCUGCCUUCUCAAUGACCUACUGACCCAGCACUCCAAACAGGAUGAGGAUUUGGUUCCGUUGACCUCUGACCUGAGUGAGUUAAACCGUGCUCUGAGUGCCCUCUGUAUCCAGGCCUAUCAGCAGCUCCUGUCCAUCUCAGAAACCCGCCUGCAGCCCAUCAUUGUUCCUGCCAUGCUGGAGAGUGAGAUGAUCCCAGGACUGUCUGGGUCGGGGGUGAAGCUGGGGAACUUUAGGAAGCGUGUGGGGUCUGAUCCCAGGGGCGUAGAGAGGAAUGCAGGGGAGACCCCUAGUAUGGCUGCAGUGCUGAGGGAGCUGGGUGCCCUACACACGGCCCUGUCCCGCCAGGCCCUACCCCCCACCCUGAUGGAGCAGGCCUUCCGUCAGCUCACCCACCUCCUUUCUGCCUCUGCCCUCAACAGCCUGCUGCUACGCAAGGACAUGUGUAGCUGGAGCCGAGGCUUGCAGAUACGGUAUAAUGUGAGUCUGCUGGAGGAGUGGCUGCGGACCCGUGGGCUGCAGGCAGGGGGAGCUGUGGCCCUGUUGGAGCCUCUCAUCCAGGCCGCUCAGCUCCUGCAAGUGGGCAAGAAGACAGACGCUGACGCACAGGCCCUCGUUCACACCUGCACUGCCCUGUCUACCCAGCAGAUUGUGAAGAUUCUGACCCUGUACACCCCUCACAGUGACCUAGAGGAGAGGGUGACACUCAAUUUUAUCCGCACAGUGCAGGGUCUGCUGAAGGAGCGUUCAGACGGUCAGUCUCCACAGCUGCUGAUGGAUGUACGGCGUGUUUUCCCCGUCACCUUCCCCUCCCUGCUGCCCCCACCUGUCCGCGCUGACCAGCUGGACAUCCCAGACACCCUCAAAAUCUCCUUCCUACGACGGCCUUAGAGGAAGCAGUAGUUAUUCACUGUGGAUUACACUAUUUUUUGAAGUUUUGGUAUUGCUACCUCUGGUCUUUUUCCUGCAGGCUAUACAGUAUAUCAAAGUAAUUGUAAGUGAAUAAUACAUGUCAUUUUUGAUCAGUCAUAAGUAUUCUGUAUCAGGCAUUCUUUCAGUAGCACAAGUAUAGGACUCUUACUGCUACUCUUCCUGCGUAGGAUUAUUGUGCUGUUAGAAUGGCCAUAUGGAUUCUUUCUCAUCUGUUCCAGAAUAUGGAUUUUGGACACAUAGAUUUCCUUAUCUGUACUAAGAUUACAGUAUUGCCUGUCUGCUGAUUGACAUUUCCCUAUUUGAUGCAUCCCACAUACUUCAGUGCCUACCCAUGUGUAGUUUUCCACUGGGACACGUUGUACGUUGGAAGUGUGUGCUUAAUAUAUUGUUUAAUUGGUAAUAAGUUCCAGAUAUCAGAAGUUAUAAUUGUAUAAUGUAAACUUAACAUGUUUUUCACUCUGAUCAAUCAUUUAAACUUAAUGUCUGACCCAUAAUGAAGACUAUGAAAAAGAGUUCAGAUUUUCUCUAACAUUUUAUUGGAAUCAGAACCACAGCAACGCUGCAGUCUCCCACCUCCAACCUCAAGAAGAACAACCAGAAUAAAUACAAAAAUUAGAAACAUCUUCAGUAUAAAAGAAAUGACCUCAUGCGAGUACUGUGUACCACUACACAUCAUCAGUAAUACAUAUUUAUAUAUUCACAAACCUCUGAAAAAUAGAAAAUAAUAGUCAAAUAUCAAAAUAAAUGAAGACAACAAUUGGAAAAUACAACGUCAAAUAAACGCGUGCGGGCACAAGAAAGACGUGUUUUCCCCCCAUCAUGCACUGCUUCCUAUGUACAGGCUGGCAUCACAGUGGGAUCGUGUUCAAGAUUGACUACAUUGCAGUCGGUGACUGCAGACUGACUGAUCUACAAAUCGCCUCAUCCUAAUGAACUACUCAUUAUUACUUGUAGAUCAAUCGUUGCUCUUGAACACGGCCAAUGUGUUUGCCUGUGUGGGCGUGUCAGGGACAGUACAUGCGUGCCUGUCUGGUUGUCAUUGUGCUUCUUCUAUAUCUUUGUAUCAUGCCUCUGUGCCUGUCUAUACUACAUACAUGCCAACCUGAAAGGGUGAGAUUUCCUUUUACCUCAAAGCACAGACACCGAACGUUUCUCUGAAAGAAAAUGGCCUCGGUGACCGAAUGUACUCAGUAUCAUUGUCAACAGCAAUAAAUAAGAUAUUGUGCCAUUCGUAUUCCUUGCUACAGUUGCUAUACCUGUACGUUAAUGUAGUGACAACGCAAUAGUCUGAGGCUGUGUAUUCGUAGCCUAUAGACUCCUAUUCCAGUUCAAAGUUCAAAUGGAUGUCCAUCCACUACCCAGCCACAGCAGGAUUCAAGUUGACUAAGCAGCAGCAGAUUCACUUCAUUCAGUGUAUUUCUAUAGAUAUAUAACCAUAUAUGUUUGGUACAGAAGUACUAUUUACAAUGACAAUAUACAGAGUCUGUUGUUGAUCCUCUCUACGCUGAGUCUGUUGACACUGCUCUCCAUGUUAUUUAGCCACUACUAGCUACUGCCCCAGAACCUGGCCCGUUUCAAAACAACAUUUACACGACUCCACAAAAACACGUUGUGCUGAUAACUCACAAUGUAAACAUUAUAGGACUGCUCAAACCCGACUGAUCUACUUAGAAACGGUACUGAUUAGAUGCAUAGAGUCAAAUUGUACACACGUUUAAAUAUGUGAGCCACAUGUAAAAAUUGGUGAUUGGUGAUACUAUAUGCAGUGCUUUCUGGAGCUGGACCACCAGAGUAAGUUGUAAUUGGCAAGUGCAGCUACGUACACAGGUUCUGAGCAGUGUAGUGGGCUGUGGAGGGGAGAGAGGGGAGGCAGUGUAGUGGGCUGUGGAGGGGAGAGAGGGGAGGCAGUGUAAUGGGCUGUGGAGGGGAGAGAGGGGAGGCAGUGUAGUGGGCUGUGGAGGGGAGAGAGGGGAGGCAGUGUAGUGGGCUGUGGAGGGGAG